AUGGCGGUUCGAAUAUGUAUAUUUCUGAUAUUUUUCUCUGACUAUUUCUCGAUUUACUGCCGCGUUUCAGCAUACAAAAUUGUAAAAGUUGCAAACUACAACAUUUGGAAUGUUAUGUUCCAGUGGGAAACAAGAAAAUACUUCAUUGCGGAAAUGAUAAAUAAAAUUAACCCAGAUGUGAUUGGUUUCCAAGAAGUGAGGGCUGAUGCUAAGGAUGAAAGAAACCAGUUAACUGAGCUUCAAGAGUUAAUUCCACGGUACAAACACCUAGUUUAUCACCCUGUUGCCGUGGUUACACACCCAGCUGGUCAACAAGGCCCGCCAGGGUGGGAACAGGAAGGCCUGGGACUACUCAGUAAACAUCCCAUAAUACUAAGUCACGUUGUGAACCUUACUAUUGGGAAAGGUGGUGUUGAUCGCAACAAGAGAGCUAUACUUCAUGCCCAAGUUGAUAUUGAUGGUGAAGAGCUGGAUAUAACAGUGCUUCACUUAUCUUACGAUAAAGCUCAGCAAUGCCAAAAUGCAGUGGAUGUCAUUAACUAUAUUGCAUCAAUGGGAAGUGAACGCUCUGUUUUACUGGGUGACUUCAAUGCAUACAAUGAUUUCCAUUGGCCUGUAAAUGGAAUAAUGAAAGGGUCCUUUGACAAGCAAGGCCCAUGCCACGCAUCCAGUCAUUUGGAUCCACAGGGAUUAAACCAAGGAUAUGGCUUUGUGGAUGCCUGGGUGACAGCAAAUGGGAACAGCAAGGGAUAUACCUUCAGCAAUAUGCCAGAGCCCGGACUCAUUAGUCGGCCAGACAGGAUCCUUGUUUCUUUAACUGGACUUCAAGUUGUGUCUUCUGAGAUUCACGGAGAUGGAAAAAUCUACCAACAAAAGUACAGCUUGCAGAAUAAAUGGCAAAGGCUUAAGAAAGCAUACCUCAUGGCCAAAGAAACUGCUUAUGGUCCACGUUUUAAAUACACUUGUCAUCAGGACUGUGGCCCUCAUGGAUCAUGUCGGUGUGGUGUUUGUGUUAAAGGAGGAGAUACAAACAACUGCGAGUUGCCCUUCUGCUUUGAAUGCGAUGCUGAGCACUUUAACAAUUUUAUCUUACUUUUCGUGUUAUAUUCCACAACUUUGGUAUUUUUCCUGUACAUUCUCAUAAAAAUGUUGAUACAAAGAUGUUUUGCAAAGAUGAGAAGAGCGCAUGCCAGGGUCUUGUUUUUGUUGUCGAAUAGAACACUAGGAAUAGUUGUGGUUUGUUUAAUGGCCACUCUUUACUUCAUCACAAUGACUUUGCUACAAGACACCUUGGAAACUGUUAAUGGAAGGAUUGCAGAAGAAAUGUUUCCUUCAGAUCAUAUGAUGGUCACUGCAAGCUUGAAGUUUACAUAUAGAUAGCACAAACUGAUAAUCAAAAUAAGUAACCAUGGUCCAUGGUCUUCCCAACUGAAUUUAAAUAAUGUAUUCAAAGAAACAAGUGACCAAUACUUAAAAUUUUUUAUUCUUGAGAAAAGAAAUUUACUUACCUUACAGCAUGGUUUGUACAGAGAGGGUAGCAAAG